CACCAAACGUCAAGAAUCAAUGUUAUCGCAAAAACAGUCGCGAAAAUGUUUAGGGAGCUCAGUUUUUUUACGCUAAAUUGUAUAUCUUCUUUAGAAAAUGGAUCGUAAGCUGAUCGAAAACACCUAAACGCAAUUGUUUCUGGCAAACAACAAUAUCUACUGAAAAUAGGCCGAACAAAUUAAUGAUAAAACAUCGCGAUGGAAGUAAUGGAUAUGAAUUUAGAAUACGACUUGGCAAAGAUCUGCCGAUCGUGCAGACAGGAUGGAAAAAUCCUACAUUCAAUUUUCCAUACCAUUGGAAACGGCGGUAUAACACUCCACGAAAUGAUCACUAGCUGCACCCAAAUGCAGAUUCACUACAACGACGGAAUGCCCCAUAAUAUGUGUACGGCGUGUGUUUCGGACAUCAACACGGCGUACGACUUCCGCAAACGGUACGAGCAGAGUGACAUGAUGUUGCGUGAGUAUAUUUCCCGCAGGAAGGUAGAAGCUGAUGGCAAUGAGGGCACCGCCGGGGGCAUGGUGAAGUUGGAACUGUUCGAUAUAAAGCCGGAGAUUACCUUCGUUGAACCGGAUCCACUGAUCGGCGAGAAAUGUUAUCCGAAUUCGCGGCAACCGAUUAUCAUCCAGCAGGGGGGAAAUUCUCAAAUAGAGUUUGAAGGCACCGAUUCGCUCAUUCAACUCGACGAUGGAAUAAUCGAGGAAAUCGAUGAGGACGGUGUUCUGGUGCCAGAGAGAGAUGAAAUGUGUGUCGAAUUUGUGGACAACAGUGACGACGAGGAACUUGUCGACGGGGAUGAAAUUCAGAGUGAUGAGGAGGCUGAAGAAUUUGAUUUCGAGGAGGGCAGCUUAGACGAUUUGAUCGAAGAGAUUAGGCCGGAGAAAAGGCGAACGCGUAUGCGGAAGAAUAAAGAUUAUUCGAAAACGAAGGGUGGGAAAUUUGCAUGUAAUUCAUGCGAGAGAAUUUUCGCCGACAAAAGAGGCAUCACCAAUCACGUGAAGCAACACGAGCCAAAAGAGCUCAAGGUGUGCACAGUAUGUAAUCGUGGGUUCAUCACAAGCUAUCACCUAACUCGGCACAUGAAGAUCCAUGAAAAUGAUAUACAGUGCGAGCACUGUGAAAAACAGUACUCUGCCCUAGCGUACAAUGAGUACAGAGAACAUAUGGCAGUGGAGCAUCCGGGAAUGGCCCUAUUGCCACAGAAAAGAAGUGACAAAUCCGAUCGAGAUUUAGCGCUCACAUUGACUGCGGAAAUGAUUGAGGAUAAAGGAAAGAUGGAAGCAAUCUGUAGAAUUUGCGACAGCACCUUCGAGCGAAUAGUAAAGCUGAGGAGCCAUUUGAAAACACACGUAGAUCCUAAAUCAUAUGACAACGCAAACAUUCACACAAAGCCGUAUCUUUUCGAGGAGGGUUAUGUGUUAGAAAACUAUCUCGAGUACCUUGUGCAACAGAUCUGUAAGUGGGAUGUGUUACGAUUCUAUCAGAUUGUUGAACCCGAUGGCGAGGAAUUGGAACUCAGCGAUUCUGAUUCCGAAAUCGAGGACGAUGGGACCCCAGUGGAUGAAAUUGUGCGAAGAACACAUACGUGCGCACUGUGUAAUCUCAGUUUUUCCCGGAUAAAGUCGAUAAUGGAGCAUGCACGCGAUCAGCAUCGACCGGAAGAUUUACUUGGUUGCAAUCAUUGCGCACGAGGUUUCCCCAACACUGCACUGCUGGUGCGCCAUUUGAAGCAGCAAUGCGAGAAUCAACACAAGAAAUUUUUCUGUACAUUCUGCAACGAGAAAUUUAUGUGGCAAACAAGCUUGAACAGACACGCCCAGCGGAAGCACAAGCCCACGAAACCGCUGUGGGAGAAACCGGAGGUUCCCAGCGAGGGCGACGAUAGGGAUAAGAAGUUUGUUUGUCAAGUGUGCAACAAGGGCUUUCUCCGGCUGGAACAUCUAGAUCGUCACAUCAAAAUUCACAUACCGUCGGAGAAGAAAUUCGAAUGCACCCAGUGCCAUAAGAAGUUUAAUCGGAAAGAUAAUCUACGGUCGCACAUGAAGAUCCACAAGAAGGACCCGGAGAUGGUGAACAAACAGAAUCACCUGUGCGUGUACUGCGGUCGGGGGUUCUCCAACUCGUCAAAUCUGAUAGUGCAUAUGAGGAGGCACACCGGUGAGCGUCCGUACAAAUGUGAUAUUUGCGAUAAGGGAUUUCCACGGUCAUCCGACCUGCAGUGCCAUCGGCGAACACACACCGGAGAGAAGCCCUGUCUGUGUACCAUUUGUGGGAAAGGGUUCUCGCGGUCUAAUAAGCUCGUGCGCCACAUGAGAAUUCACACUGGAACGAGGCCAUAUUCGUGCACCUACUGUGAUCGUGCAUUUACCCAAUCGAAUGAUCUCACGCUGCACAUCCGGCGUCACACGGGUGAGAAACCGUACAUGUGUGGCAUUUGCAACGAACGCUUCAUCCAAGGAACAGCUCUCAAGGCUCAUCAACGCAUCACCGGUCAUUUCGAUGACGGCAGCAGCCAACCGGAACGGUUCGCUAGUAUCAGUGUCAAUAAUCCGAACCGGCUUGGGAUCAAUGGGCCAAAAGCGGUGCGCCAGAACUCCUCUGCUAACGCCGAUGGCGUUCCCAAGGCAGUCAAACCAGUCAAAUCUCGGAAAAAAGCAACCCCAGCAGCGUCUCGAUUGACGCAAGCAUCACAGAUCGCCAACACCGAAGUCCCACACCAACAACAGUCACCUCCAUCAGCACCUCCCGCUGCAGUUUCGUCUGGUUCCGCCGCUAAUUCGGCGCCUCCCUCGCCAGAUGACAGCAGCUCUCCCACCGGCAGACUAUCCCUUCAUAGCCUCACUGGGCCACCUCACGGAUAUGUUCCGGUACCGCCGUACAUUAUGCAAAAUUAUGACCUCGCGUCAACGGGUCUGUUCUCGCAGAGUUUUGGGCCGCAGUGAAAAUAAUGGUACGCACUAAUCACUCUCUCUCUCUAUAAAUGUUCAUCUUGUAAGACUGUUGAAGUAAGGACUUUUGGAUUGUGAAUAAACAAAACUACGGCGCUAGUUGUGUAUCUUAAAUAUGUUCUGAAAUGCAUUAACUGU